GGCGGAAGUGAUGGACGGGGAAAGCCAAAGAAGCGAGGAAUGGAAGAAUGGAGAAAGCCACCACCACCACCAGACUUCUCCUCUACUCAUCCGCUCUGUGCCUAAAGUUUGUCUCUAAAAUAUUAAUUAGUGUUAUUUUAGAAUAAACACACAUUAUUGUUUAUUCGAAUUUCGAGUUGGAAGUUCCACUAAUUUCGAAAUCAUUUUCUGAAUCAGCUGAGAAUAAUUCGAAACUAUGAGUAAACCACCGGUAGCCAUUCUUUCGUAUGACAACCUGGUUCACGCGCUAGCUGGGUCUGCUGGUAGCGUAACAGCCAUGUCCGCUUUUUACCCAUUGGACACCAUCCGAGCUAGAUUACAAUUGGAUGACCGAGUGGAAGCAAAAAAUACACUAGUCAUGCUAAUUGAACUGACGAAAAGGGAAGGAAUACCGAGCUUGUACCGAGGAUUAGUUCCUGUCCUUCAAAGUUUAUGCGUCUCAAAUUUUGUGUACUUUUACUCCUUCCAUGGCCUGAAGUCCUACAUCUCAGACAAAAUCCCAGCGUCUGCUAUUCGAGACUUAUUUCUGGGUUCUGUAGCCGGUGUUAUCAAUGUUUUGACGACGACUCCUUUAUGGGUAGUCAACACAAGAAUGAAAAUGCAAGGCCUCCCUCCUGCACCUGGACAGCAGUGCGUAAAGUACAAAAAUCUUUUAGAUGGAUUAAAUCAAAUUUACAAACGAGAAGGGCUUCAAGCUUUAUGGGCAGGAACUCUUCCUUCACUAAUGCUAGUCAUUAAUCCAGCGAUUCAGUUCAUGACUUAUGAAAGCGUCAAGAGACGCCUCAGGUUUCGAUAUGGCGACAGAGAAUUUUCAUCACUGGUGUAUUUCCUUGUGGGCGCUGUUGCCAAAACUGUGGCUACCGUAUUGACCUAUCCACUCCAAAUUGUUCAAACGAAACUUAGACAUGGUCAUAAAAUGGAAGGUCUUCGACCAAAUGCAUCCAUGCAAGAAAUAUUCAGAGCAAUAAUUCGGAAAUAUGGGCUAAAAGGUAUUUUCAAAGGCAUGGAAUCUAAGAUCCUGCAGACCGUACUUACUUCUGCUCUCAUGUUCACAAUCUAUGAAAAAAUCGCUGCAUUUGUGUUCCGACUAAUGCGAGUCAAACGACACAUAAAAUCGUAAAAUUCUAGUCAAUCUAUUUUGUCAUUUGUAAAAUUUUGAAGUACUUAAAUUAUUAAUUAACUACAAGAUUUACCAUUGUUGUAUGUGUUUGUGCGAUGUCUUUAUAGUAACUUUCGCUGUGGAUGAUUUACGUUCAAUUUACACACAUCAAGACCAGAUUUUGCACAAGUACUUUUCAAUAUAAAAUUUUAUUAAAAACACACUAGAUAUACAAUUUAA